AUGAGAAGAAUGCGUUCCCUUUGUUGUCUUAAGUUCUGCUUUGGGCAUUCUAUUGCCACUCUGCGAGUGAAUUGCAAAAAACAUCGACACUUCAGGCUAGGUUUGCAGGUACCACACAUAUACGAAAUUGUGUCAAAAAGCACUAAUUUUUUGCAAAAAACACUAGUUGCUUGUUUGGACUGUUUUAAGUGCGUUUAUGACAAGGGGGGCCCGUUUAUGACAAGGGGGGCCCGCAUCCGUCGACGUGUCAGCACUGUUCACACGGCAACGCCGUUAGACGGCGUUACACGCCGCUGGCGCACCGGUUCGAGCCGGGGGGGGGGGGGGGGGGUCAAACACCCCGAAGCGAUGCAGGCCCCACCCCCAGCCCUCACUCUCUCCCGUCCUUCUCCCUCUCUCUGCUCCCGCUCGUUCGCCGCCGCCGCCCCCUCCCACAUCUCCGACCGCCGUCGCCGCCGCGUCGCCAUGGUUUCCUGGUCUGAUGAUGACAGCAGCGAGAACUCUCACCAGUACGCCGACUCAGCUUCAGACGAGGGCAUCAUCAAGAUCCCUGAGACCAUCGAUGACUCCGAUUUCGAGGGCAUUGAACCUGAUGUUUUGUGCAAUGAACACUCCCUGCCAGCAGAGAGGCGUGUUGCUUCAGGGCAUCCAUACUGGCAGGAGGUUCUUUGCUUGUGCUGUGAAGCUACAAUGGAGAAUGCAUUGACCAAGUUGUGGGAUAAGUAUGAAGAGUGCAGGAGGAGCAAGAUUGAGGACAAUCUGGAAAGCUCAUUUGUUGUUCACAAUCUGACACAACAGAAGAUCAAGCUGCAGGCAAGUUAUGAGAGGUUGGUUGAAGAUGUCAACGGCCUUUUGGAUGCCCAGGAGCAGAGGGCUCAGAUGGAGAGAGGUAAGAUGCAGAACAAACCUGAUGAGAGCAAGCUGCAGGAGAAGUAUGACAUGCUCAAGAACCUGACAGUUGCUCAAGCCAAUGUCAUUAGGAACAUGAAGUUGAAGCUUGCUGAAGAGAAGAUUAAGUUGCAAGCCCACAUUGAUGAGCUUGAGAAGGUUGCCGAGCAGACCAAGCUGAAGCUGAAUGGGAUCAAAGCCAUCUUAGAUGAAUGAGCAGUAUAAUGUAAUAUGCUGCUUAUUAGUACCACCAGCAUGGUUAUGGGAUGAUGAGUACUAUAAUUAUGGUUAUGU